AUGCGCUCUACUUUUCAAGGAGGUGGUUCCGGAGGUGUUGGCUCGUCACCGCGUAUUUCCGCCAGUGAUGAUCAAGAAGAGUACCCACUAUCGGCGCCGGUGUUGUCGAAUUUUCGCUACGACCGUGAAGAGCUUCUGGCCCUCGUGCCGAAGGAAUCGAGUCCUCCCGAAGGCCUCCGCGAUUGUCCAUUUUUUGUCGAGAUCAGUCAAGACCCAGUUGCGAACAAUCCGCUCACCGAUCAGGAACAGCGCCUUCAACAUAACAUCAACUCAUCGAAGGCGAUGUCGUCGCUUACGCACGCCGAAAGACAAUCGAUUGCCGCUGGCGCUGCUUAUGGGGGUGGAUAUUCAAAUGGACAAUCGGGUGGUGCGAACCGUGGCGGAUGGACUCCCGUCAAGUCAUCAUCUUGGUCUAAAUCUGGAACCACUCCAGAUCGUGGUCACCGUGGCGGUGGUCGUGGAAGCUUCUCAUCUCGAGGAACUGCGCGUGGCGGAAUGACACCCCAAUCGGAAAAUGGGUAUGGCGGAACGAACGGUUCUCUGCCUGGAACCCCAGACGGAACUGGCGUGGGCUCAUUCAAUAAGUUUAGCGGACGCGGACGAGGUGGUGGAAUGUCUUCUGUUGGCCGAGGCGGUAGUACUACUGCUGCCCCAUAUAAUGCGAGAGCAGAAGCACUUUACUCUGGUGAUCGCCCACGGACAAUCGCUUCAUCUAAAAGCGAGAACGUCGAUGGUGAUGAUGAUGACGCUGGAUGGACUACCGUUGGACAGCAACAUAAUACGCCGUCGCGUCCCGCCUGGGGGAGAGCGGAGUCUUGGACGAGUCGUACGGAGGCAUCGAAUGCCUGGGGACGAGAUAACACUUCGAAUGGACCGUCAAAUGUGUGGAAAGAUCGCCAAGAGAUGGUUAGCUCGGUCAAACAGAACUCGUUAGAUAAGGAUGAAAGAGGCUCGUCCUCUGGUGCUCAGUUCAACGCGAGUUGGUCGAAUUCGAUUCUGAAUCCACUUGCGGACGUUACGUUGGGAAUGGAUCAGAUGAGACUCGCUCAAUAUCAACAGCAGCAACAACAGAUGGCACAACAACUUGCUCAACAAGCUGCUGCCGCUGCUGCAGCCGCAGUUGUAGCCAAGGCUGAAGCUGUUGAGUUCUAUUAUCUCGAUCCAACCGAUACAAGACGCGGUCCUUUCAAAAGGGAGCAAAUGAUUACGUGGUUCAAAGCGGGUUAUUUCAGCGAUGCUAACUUGCGGGUACAGAGAGGGGAAAACGGUGAAUUCCGAACGAUAGGAGAGUUAUUGACAAUGAAUGGCAUAAAUUCUCCAUUUGAUUAUCCGGAAGAUAAGGCAGCAGAAACAGCACGUGCUCACUUAGCCCAAUUUCCGUCACAUAUUUUGCAACCGAGCACAUCUUUUCCUAGUCUUUUUGGAAACCAAAACCUAUGGGCUCCAACCGCUGGUCUCGAUUCGAUGGGAAUGUAUGGUAUAAUUCAUCCAUCUGCUGUUGAGCAUAUGACCGCUGAGAGAAUGAAGAUCGAAGAGCAUGCUAGACGCGUUAAAGAAGAGAGCGACAAGUGUCGUGAAAUGCAAGAGGAAAUGUUGCGACAGUUCCAGCGACAGCAGGAAGAAACCCAACAGAAGCUUCGCGAGCAAGAAACUGCCCUUUUGCGGCAUCGAGAAGAGCUAAUGCGUAAAGAAAUGGAAAUGAAAGAGAAAGCGUUGGAAAUUCAAAGAAAAAUCGAGGAGGAAAGGAGAACUCUUGAAGAGAGCAAAAGACUUAUUGAAGAAGAAGCUGCGAAAAAGCUCAAGGAAAAUCAGAGACUGAAACGUUUGGAAGAGGAGAGAAAGAAAGAAGAAGAGCGAAUUUUGAAAGAGAAACGCGAAGAAGCUGAACGUCAAAAGAAAGCAGAAGAUGCAGCGGAAAAUGAAAGAAGACGAUUGAAAGCAGAAGCUGAAUCUGCCGCCGAAAAAAUCAAGCAGAUGUCAAAAAAAAAGGCCGAGGAAGAAGCUGCGAAGAAAAAACGUGAGCAAGAAAUUGCUGCCGAACAGCGUCACGCCGCUGAAAUACAAACAAUGAAAGAAGCGGAAGUUAGAAUAUCUGCUGAGCAGAAACUUAAGCAGAUCUCACCAACUGCGAGCGAUGAUUCCAGCGGAUGGACCCCAGUUGCGAAGAAUCAACCAGUAAAGCACACUAAAGUUGCUCCGUGGGCAUCCGGUCAAAAGGCGGAGCAAGUAUCUCAAGCGAGUGCUGAAAAAACUCUUCGCGAAAUCCAAUUGGAGGAGGAACGACAAUUCAAGGCUGAACAAGAGCGUCUUGCUGCUUUACGUAAAGAUGAACUUGCACAACAAUCAUCUAUUGCUAGCUCUGGAACAUGGACUGGCGCCUCAACUCGCCUUCAGUGGGCUGCUAACGGCUCGCCGGCUUCAAAGCCAAAGGGUGUAAGUCCAUGGGGAAAUUCGUCUGGUGUUCAAGAACCUGCUCGUGCUUAUGUUUCUCCUCUUCUGGAUGGUCCUUCUCUUGAGGCUGCUAACAAGAUUGCUCCACCGAAGAAAGCCGUUGUGAAGCCAGCUGCGAAAGCCGCUCCGUCUCCAAUUAAGAAAGUGGAGGUCAAACCUGUUUCUAAGACGGAUGGACUUCUCACCUGGUUCGAAAAGCGCUUCAAGCAAUUGCGUACGAGCAACGAUGAAAUCGACAUCAAUUUGCUGUAUCAGUAUAUCAUGGAGUUAGAAAAUCCAAACGAGGUUGAAGAUAUCGUGAUGUCUUAUUUGGAUGAAUCCAAGGCUGUUAAAGAAUUUGUUCGCGAAUUUUUGAAGCGACGCAUCGAAAUGCGCAAUUCUGGACGUCCGGUUUGCGAUGAUUUGACAUCUGCCCGAACUGCUGCGGCUCCUGAUACGAAUAGUUCGUCUACAUCUGGAGCUGGAAGUCAAGGAAAGAAAAAGAAGAAGAACCAAAAGACUGUCCUCGACGGAACCAUUCUCGGAUUCCGCGGAACCGCUGCGUCGGAUCGUCUUAACAAGGGAGAAAUCGAUGCGAUUCCAACCGCACCAAUUAACCCAUCUCGUCGUUAA